ACAAUUAAAUUAAUUUUACAGAAUAUUAUACUAUAACAACUAUAUGUUUUUCAGUUUUUACCAAUAUUCAUCAACAAAAAAUAUAAUUUUAUGAAGAUAAACAUUUGAUUAUUGAUAGUAGUCGAGGAAGGCUCCUAUUAUAAUAGUAUUGUAUUGUAGUUAUAAUUUAAGGUUUUGAUUUAUUAUUGAUAGUAGUCGAGGAAGGCUCCUACUAUAAUAGUAUAGUAUUGUAGUUAUAAUUUAAGGUUUUGAUUUAUUAUUGAUAGUAGUCGAGGAAGGCUCCUACUGUAAUAGUAAUAUAAGAAUACAUUUAACUAUUGAUAAGUAGUCGAGGAAGGCUCCUACUAAUUUUAAAAUGAGUGUAUUAAAAAAAGUUGAAGAAAUAGUCCACUUCAUUCAACAAAAAUAUCCUACAUUGGAAUUUGGCAGCAUAAGUGUAUCUCAUGAAGCGAUUAGUGAUAUCAGUAAUGUGAUAUUCAAGAAAGGUAAUUGCAAAAAAGCUAAAAAGAAUUUAGUUAUGGCAUUGAAUAACCCUAAUUCAGCUCUGAGAAAAUUGUUAAAUAGUAAUAUUGAGGAUGAUUUACACUUUCAUAAAAUGCUUCUAGACAAUGGUUAUUUAAAAAAUGAUUUUUGUACUUAUAAGACAGAGGUUGUUAAUUCAGUUUGUAAACUAUUAAAAAUGAAAUGUAAUCGUAAAAACCAAUUCAGAGUAUUUCAGCGUUGUCAAAAGAGUUUUGGACUAAAUGAAGUAUCUGUUAGUCCUAAAGAAUUAUCUCAAAGAGAAAUGUUUAUGUUAGGUCAAGAAAAUGAACUAAAUGAGAGUACUUUGGUGGGUGUUAAGAGAAAAUUGUUUACAGAUGAUUUUUCUAAAAAAGAAAACAAUUAUACAUCCAAUGUUGUUGUAGAUGAUUUGGACAUGGGUUUGAAUGAAAAAAUUCUUGAAAUCAAUAAUAAUCCUUUUCAAAUCGAAGAUGAUUGCUGUAAUACAACGGAAGAAAUUAUAAUAGUCGGGUAUGAAAUACAAGUUUAUACCUAUAAUAGGUAUGGCUAUAUAGCCUAUAUAGUAUUAUAGUUGAAUGAUCGAGGUGAUUACUGAUAAC